AAUCAUUAGGGGAAUGUGGAACUAACAAAUAUUUGGUAGUGUUAACGCCAAAUUUCUUACAUUUUUAUUAAAUUGUUUCAAAUUUUAUAUUUUAAUUUUGAUAUAUAUACAUAGCACCUAUAUAUAUAUAUAUAUAUAGAAUUAGCAGUAAGAUACAUUUUAUACAUAGGAACUGCGUCAUUUUCUUUCAUUUUCUCUCGGCCUUCGCUCUCUCUCUCUCGGGGAAGAAGAGGAAAUUGGGAUGACAAUGGCGGUGCUGCUCGUUGCCGCCAUCGUGAUCGUGUGCUGUGGCCUCCACGUGAAAUCGGAUACUUCCGAUCACCGGUACAAGGAGGGAGAUCCAGUGCUUCUCUACGCCAACAAGGUGGGUCCGUUUCACAACCCCAGUGAAACAUACCGCUUUUUCGAUCUUCCUUUCUGUCCACCAGCGGACUUAAAAGAGAAGAAGGAAGCUCUUGGUGAAGUUUUGAAUGGGGAUCGCUUAGUUAGUGCCCCUUAUAAACUUGAUUUCCUAAGGGAUAAAGAGUCUGAAGUUGUUUGCAAGAAAAAGCUCACAAAAGAGGAAGUGUCUAAGUUUCGAGCUGCAGUCAACAAAGACUACUACUUUCAGAUGUAUUAUGAUGACCUGCCCAUCUGGGGUUUCAUAGGGAAGGUAGACAAGGAUGGCAAAACUGAUCCCAGUGACUUCAAAUAUUUCCUUUAUAAGCACAUUCAUUUUGACAUUCUUUACAACAAGGACCGCGUAAUUGAAAUCAAUGUCCGAACAGACCCAAACUCCCUUGCAGAUCUUACAGAGGACAAAGGAGUUAAUGUGGAAUUCAUGUAUACUGUGAAAUGGAAGGAAACGAAUACCCCCUUUGAGAAGAGGAUGGACAAGUACUCUCAAUCAUCUUCUCUACCACACCAUUUGGAGAUCCAUUGGUUUUCAAUUAUAAACUCAUGCGUGACAGUUCUUCUCCUGACUGGGUUUCUUGCAACAAUUCUCAUGCGAGUCCUUAAGAAUGAUUUUGUCAAGUAUGCACAUGAUGAGGAAUCAGCCGAAGACCAGGAAGAGUCUGGAUGGAAAUACAUUCAUGGAGAUGUAUUCAGGUACCCUGAGUACAAGUCCGUAUUUGCAGCUGCCCUUGGUUGUGGAACUCAGCUUUUCACCCUUACGGUAUUUAUUUUUGUAUUGGCACUAGUUGGAGUGUUUUAUCCAUACAACCGUGGGGCUCUUUUCACUGCAUUGGUUGUCAUAUAUGCACUUACAUCUGGUAUUGCUGGCUAUACUGCAACUUGCUUCUAUUGUCAGCUUGAAGGAACAAACUGGGUUAGGAAUUUGUUGUUAACAGGAUGCCUUUUUUGUGGACCUCUGUUUCUGACUUUCUGCUUCCUGAAUACUGUUGCCAUUGUUUACACUGCCACUGCAGCUCUUCCUUUUGGUACAAUCGUGGUGAUUGUUCUUAUAUGGACACUUGUAACAUCUCCUCUGCUUGUGUUGGGCGGGAUUGCUGGGAAGAAUAGCAAGAUGGAGUUCCAAGCUCCAUGCCGCACCACAAAGUAUCCCAGAGAGAUUCCACCAAUGCCUUGGUAUCGAGGAACCAUUCCUCAGAUGGCAAUGGCUGGUUUUCUGCCUUUCAGUGCUAUAUAUAUUGAACUCUACUACAUAUUUGCCAGUGUAUGGGGUCAUAGGAUAUACACUAUCUACAGCAUCUUGUUUAUUGUUUUCAUUAUUCUCCUGAUUGUCACUGCUUUCAUUACGGUGGCAUUGACAUAUUUCCAACUUGCUGCUGAAGACCAUGAAUGGUGGUGGAGGUCUUUUCUCUGUGGUGGAUCAACUGGCUUAUUUAUCUACGGAUAUUGUUUGUAUUACUACUUUGCACGGUCAGAUAUGUCAGGGUUUAUGCAGACCUCAUUUUUCUUUGGUUACAUGGCUUGCAUCUGCUAUGGUUUCUUUCUCAUGCUUGGAACCGUUGGCUUUCGUGCGGCUUUGCUGUUUGUGCGCCAUAUAUAUCGGUCAAUCAAGUGCGAGUAGUUAGUUUGUCUGACUUGAAAGUGGUCAGUUGUACUUCUGUUUUUCAUUUUAAUUAGGCACUGUGAUAGAGAAGUUCGCUAUAUUUACUUUUGUAGUGCCCCUUGCCUCAAAAUGGGCAGGAUCCGUUGGAGAUCUUGCUGCAAUAGAUGUUAGGUUGAUAUAUGGGACGACUUUUUCCUGGGAGAAAUUUGUACCGUUACUUUUACCUGGACUCUUAUGCAAUACAUUUUUUUUCUCCUUCUCCUCAA